CAGAAACCAAACAGCUCCUUCGUUUGAGACAAUAUGCUCAUGGCACUACAGCUCUCAUUUUUCUGACUGCUCUUUCAGGUGCCUUUGUGGCAGGGCUGGAUGCUGGCCUUGUGUACAAUUCCUUCCCCAAAAUGGGGGAGCGCUGGAUCCCAGAUGAUCUCCUUGCCUUCUCCCCCGUGCUCAGAAAUAUCUUUGAGAAUCCUACAACUGUCCAGUUUGAUCACAGGAUCUUGGGAAUUGCCUCCAUCACAGCUGUCACAGCACUGUACUUCUUCUCGAGGAGGGUCCCACUGCCUCGAAGGACCAGGAUGGCUGUGACUUCCUUACUGGCUGUAGCUUGCAUGCAGGUGGGCCUGGGCAUCAGCACCCUGCUGCUGUAUGUCCCUACGCCUGUGGCUGCUACGCACCAGUCGGGCUCCCUGGUCCUGCUCAGCAUGGCACUGUGGCUCAUGAGCGAGCUCCGCAGAGUUCCCAAGUAACGCCCCGG